CACAGGCAUCUAUAGACCCCUCUCCUUCUGUCUGGCACCCAAAAAACACUGCCCCUUUUCCGAUUUUGGCGGGAGUUGAAAAAAAGAGAAAAAUGAAAGCGCGCGAAAAUGCUCUCCGCCGGCCACUGCGGAGACGGACACGGAAAGUAGAGAUUGAUGAACCGGAGGCGGAACCCAAACCCAACGAGGACCCGGAUUUGGAUCUGGAGAAAGCAAGGCUCAUAAGCUUAGCUAUUGAUUUCGGAUUUGACGAAGACUCCGCCAAUAAGUGUUUGGAUCGCAUAAUUGAACUCUACGGUGAGGAUGGAAAUGAUUUCAUCACAGUUGAACACUUCGGCGACGAUUUUCUUGCCGCUUUGGCCGAUUCAAUGCAAGACGCUGAGGAUUGGGAUGAUCUGAAAGCCAUAGAAUCAGAAGUUUGUUGUACUAUGGCUGAUAUUCUGGAUAAGGAUGUUCUAGGCGACGCUGAAGCUGAAAAUGACGGAAAUAUUCCUAGAUACAUCACAGGGUACUCACCAGAGAGUACAAGGAAAAUGAAUCCAGUGGUGUUGGAUUCUUCUAGUGACAGUGAAGAUAUCCACUAUGACGGAAAGGUAGACAAGACCAGUGCUCCCCAGACUCCUUCACAUGCAUUUGGCUUUGUUACGAGCAGUGAAUGUGCUACUUCAAGUUCACAUAGGUCUCCUUCUCAAUAUGCGAAAUGUGCAAGCAAGGUUUCUAGAAGUUCCUUUUCAUCUCUAUCAAGUAACUCAAGGUCUUUAUGGACAUCGGUGAAUGGAGAUGUAACUCUUACUUAUGGAGAAUUGCAGCGGUUGGAUGACAUUGAGUUAGCAAAUGUUGUAGUGUUUGGAAACCGCACUUUUAGACCUUUGCAACAUAAAGCUUGCCAAGCUAUUUUGCAAAAGCGUGAUUGUUUUAUUCUUAUGCCUACUGGAGGUGGUAAAAGUUUGUGCUACCAGCUUCCUGCAAUCCUGCAGCCAGGUGUUACAAUUGUAGUGUCACCUCUACUCUCACUCAUUCAAGAUCAGAUAAUCACAUUAAACCUUAAGUUUGGAAUACCAGCAACGUUUUUGAAUUCUCAGCAGAGUUACUCACAAUCAGCUGCUAUAUUGCAAGAAUUAAGGCAAGAUAAACAUUCAUGUAAGCUCCUUUAUGCAACUCCUGAGAGGAUAGUUGGAAACCUACAUUUUCAAGAGGUGCUUACUUCCCUACACAGGAAGGGAAACUUAGCUGGGUUUGUCAUUGAUGAAGCACAUUGUGUAAGCCAAUGGGGACAUGAUUUCAGACCAGAUUAUAGACUCUUGAGUUGUCUCAAGCGAAACUUCCCAUAUGUACCUGUGAUGGCAUUAACUGCUACAGCAACCCACACAGUGCGUGAAGAUAUUUUGAAGAUCUUAAAUAUCCCUCGUGCUCUUGUACUUGAGACGAGUUUUGAUAGAUCAAACUUAAAGUAUGAAGUGAUUGGAAAGGGCAAGGAGCCGCUAAAGCAGCUUGGAGAAGUAUUAGCCAAUCGAUUCAAGAAACUUUGUGGGAUUAUUUACUGCCUUUCAAAAAGUGAGUGCAUGGAGGUUUCGAAGUUUUUGAACGAAAAGUGCAAGAUUAAAUCCACAUAUUAUCACGCUGGGUUGUCGGCACGUCAGAGAGUCACAGCUCAAAGGAGUUGGCGUGCUGGAGAAAUUGAUGUUGUGUGUGCCACUAUUGCUUUUGGGAUGGGAAUAGACAAACCUGAUGUUCGGUUUGUUAUUCACAACACAAUGUCCAAAUCAAUUGAAAGCUAUUAUCAGGAAGCGGGAAGGGCAGGGAGGGAUAACCUCCCUGCAACAUGUGUUGUUUUAUAUCAGAAGAAGGAUUUCAGCCGGUUGGUAUGCAUGUUAAGAAGCGGUCAAGGAUAUAGAAGGGAAAGCUUGAAGUUGGCUAUGGAUCAAGCUAGGAAGAUGCAGAGCUACUGUGAACUAAAGAAUGAAUGCCGUCGGCAAGCAUUAGUUGGACACUUUGGGGAGUUGAUUAACCGCAGUGCUUGCAGAAAUGGUUCCAAUCCUUGUGAUAACUGUCUCAAAAUAUCCUCAUAAAGCUUGCUUGAUAUAUAGAUGAUCGAGCAUCUGCUGUCCAGAGUUGCUGUUUUCCCUCGUUGUCCAAGCAUUGCUGCGAAUGCAGCCUGCAGGGCUCGUUGAUUAUACUCCAGGUAGGGGUGUAAAUGAAAUGGAUUCAGCUCAUCUGCCUUGCUUUGGCAUUAUACUCCAAGUAGGGGUGCCUGCCCAUUUUGAGUCAUCUGAUAAAAAAAUCAAUGAGAUAAGAUGAGUGGGUCUAUUUAGGUCAUCCCUGCCCUCUAUUUAGAUAAGGUACUUUGCCAUAACGCAAAAGAUCUCAAUCCAAAUUAAAUCAUAUACUACUGGGUGGAGUAUAUAAAUUUCCAAGUUUAUUUAGAUACGUAUGAUUGGAUUCUGAAAUAAAUGCUUCAAUUACUGCUUUCAUUUUUUAUCACUCAUUUCAUAUUUUACAAGUUGGCUCACAAGAGAUCCUUAGACUGAC